CCGAUCCCACGUGGUGGGGCCGCCCGGGAGCCCGGGAGCCCGGACCCGCGGCCGCCGCCGCCGCCGUCCUGCUCCCCGGCCCGAGGUCCCUAAGCGGGCCUGGCCACCAGGUGGGCUUCGUAUCCUGAGCGCUGCGCUCCGUCCGUGCCCGCUGCCCUGCUCGGGGCGGGGCCUCACGGGAGCCUACCUGGGGUCGUUCUCCAGAUAAAGCGUAGCAAUGGCUGCUGUUUAUUCUGGCAUUUCUUUUAAGCUCAAAAGCAAGACAACUUCUUGGGAAGAUAAACUAAAACUAGCUCACUUUGCUUGGAUUUCCCACCAGUGCGUUCUUCCAAAUAAAGAGCAAGUACUGCUUGAUUGGGCAAGACAGUCAUUGAUUGCAUUUUAUAAGAAAAAACUUGAACUGAAGGAAGACAUUGUUGAAAGGCUUUGGAUGUAUAUAGAUAAUAUUCUCCACAGCAGAAGACUGCAGAAUCUUCUCAAGAAUGGAAAGACAAUUAACCUUCAGAUCUCCCUAGUCAAGAUCAUAAACGAGAGAGUAGCUGAAUUCUCUCUCUCGGAGUCCCGGAGAAGCAUGUGCGCCGUGCUGAGCUGCUGCCGGGGCAUCCUCUCGACAGGCGCCCUCGCCGCCAUCUACACGGCCAGGCAGGAGCUGCUGGUGGCACUGCUGAGCCAGCUGUGCUGGCUGGCCUGCAGGCAGCCAGCAGUAGCCCAGGUGGCCCAGUUGUUCGAAGUCAUUCACCUGGCGCUGGGGCACUACCUUCUGAUCCAGCACCAGCAAGUCAACCCAAGACGUGCCUUUGGGGAGGUGGCUGGGCACUUGCUCCAGCCCUGCCUCGUCCUGAGGCACUUGCUCUCGGGAGGCACAUGGACACAGGGCCAGCUGCGGCUGGCGCUGAGCCGGGACAUCAGGAGUCAGAUCGAGGCCAUGCUUCGAGGUGGAGCCUUUCAGCCUGAGUUGCUCUCAUCCUACAAUGAGGAGCUCUUGGAUCAGCAGCAAGGUGACACAAAGAUAGGGGCCAUGAAGAAUCUUCUAGCUCCUCUGGACACCCUGAUUGCCAGGCUGCUGGAUCCUGGCUACUGCGAACCGCCACUUCGCGCCGCUGUGGUGGCUGACUCUGUGGCCUUGCUGUAUAAGCUCUUUCUGGAUGCUUAUGUCAGGGAGGGGAACCAGCUCCUCUGCUUCCAGGUGCUCCCCAGGCUGUUCGGGUGCCUGAGGAUCUCCCAGCUGGAGGGGGAGCACGCGAGCGCUCUGGCCACGGCAGACUGGACCUCAGAGCUGCUGGUCGUAGAGCAGCUGCUCACGUCCGUGGCCAGCAGCAACAUCUACAACAUCGCCGCUGACAGGAUCCGGCACGGGGAGGUGCAGUUCCACUUCUACCGCCGUGUGGCUGAGCUGCUGAUCAACCACUCACAAGCCGCUGUGCCGGCCUGGUUCCGCUGCCUCAAGGCUUUGAUGUCUCUGAAUCAUUUGAUUUUGGAGCCAGACCUGGAUGACCUGUUGGCGUCAGCUUGGAUUGAUGCAGAGGUGACAGACUUCCGGACGAGAAGAGCCCAGGAGGCGCUCAUUCACACUCUCUUCCAGACGUAUGUGAAGCUCCGGCAAGCGCCGCGGCUGUUCGAGGAGAUUUUGGGGGUGCUCUGUCGCCCAGCCGCUGAGGCCCUGAGGCAGCCCGUGCUGGCUGCGGGCCCCUCCCGGGUGCUCCGCGAGUGCCUUUUGGAGUUGCCCCCGAGUCAGGUCUUGGACACGUGGUCCCUCGUGCUGGAGAAGUUCCAGUCUUUGGUCUUGCCUUAUUUGCAGGGUGAUGCUGACAUGGCCUUGAAGUCGCUGUCACUGAGCUCCCUGCUGCACUGCGUCAUGUUCAACAUGAGGAGCCUGGACGGCGGCACACCUGUGCCCGUCAUCAGGCGGAUGCGCUGCACCAUGGACAGGACGUUCCAGGAGCUUGUGAAGCCCCUGCUGGACCUUGUCAUGGAUGCCCCACGCCCAGAGCAGGAGCCCUGGCUGAGGACGGUCUGUGACUCUGCACUCCUGCUCUCUCACACGUGGGCCCAGGUUGACGCCAUGCUCAGUAUAAACUGUAGCCAGUAUCGCUCUGCGUCUGGGGCUCUUAGAGAUGUCGCGGCAGAGAUUGCAGACCUCCCCUCAUUGCUCCCAGGUGUCGAAACACACCACUGGAAGAAGAUAGAACAGUUUACGGCUCAGUUUGACUCUAUUGGCAAGUACUGCUUAGAACAGCUCUACCUGCAGAAAAUGAAAAGGACUUUAAUGGAACCUGGUUUCCAGUCGGAGGAAGCCCUCUGCUCUCUGAGGCGCGCUGCUGCCUGCAUUCUUGGUUCUGGCAGAGAAAGCCUGAAUCGGAGGACGACUGCGUCCUGGGAUGGCCAGGUUGGGACAGUGAGUGCAGUCACAUACCCUGUAGCUCACUGGCACUUGAUUGUGUCAAAUCUCGCAAUUUUAGUAUCUUACCUUUGUCCCGAUGAUGUAAGGUCCCUGGCCAGUGUGCUGCUGAGGUCUUUGCUGAUGAGCAAAGGCCAGGAAAGUCCAGCAGAAGAAGAGCCAGACAUCACACUUGAAAAAAUAUCCAGUGCUGUCCUUCACAGCCCACAUUUUCCAGAAUUGCAGCCCCUCCAUUGUGCCUUUUUAAUGUGCCUGACCGAAGGAUGUGCUAGCGUCCUGUGUUCCGGGGCCCGCGGUGACCCAAGUCUUCUCAGUCAGCAGCUGCCCUGGCUGUUUGAAAAGGAACAUAUGGUUGUGACUCUUUGGGAAAACAGAUUUGCAAAAACUGGACCCGAAGGUGUGGAACGAAAAGGAGAAAUUGCCCAAAACUUACUAUCCUUGGUUAAGAGGGACUUCCCCAUUCAGUUGGAGGGAGAACAAUUAGAGAGCAUCCUGGGAUUUUUGGAAGUUAUUUCUGCCCUGCAAUUGGACAGCCUUUUGGCUCCCUAUCACGUGCAUUAUUUUCUUUUCUUAUUGUCCACGGCUGUCAGCAAGCUGGGGAGCUCUUGCCCCUGCCCGCUGACCCUCAGGUUUUUGAUGACUUGCUACCGGCUUCUUGGCUCCCUGCAGCGAGGGAAGAGUGCCCGCUCAGUGCUCAAGGUUCUGUAUGUGAGUGAGAUCUUUGAGAUCACGCUGACCUCAUUGUUCAAAGCCAGUAGUAGGUUUUCUAUUGAUGUGGACGACCCCUCCUGGUUGGAAUUCCUCCACGUGAUAGGGACGUUCUUAGAACAGCUGCUGCAAAUGCUCAUCCAGAUGAAGCUCAGCCUGGUGCUCAAUUUUGGGAAAAUUGUUGCCUUCCUCCGAAAACCAUACACCGAAGCGACUUCAGGCAAACAGGCGGAAGCUCAGACUCCUCUGGGCCAGCAGCUCCUUCUGGUGUCUUUAACCAAGCUGUGCCAAGUCCUGGGGCCUUUUGUCACAGAGCGGAAGCAGCGGCACGAGGCCUCAGAAGCACUGUCCGAGCUGCUUCAGGAGGCUGUCCUGCAGACAGGAGCGUCGCUGCAGCUGUGCUGGGCACGUGGGGCCUGGGGCCAGCGCCGACCCUCCACCGUCCUUCAGGCAGCCGGCGUGCUGCUGGAGGCAGAGGGGGCCCCUCGCUGCGGGCCCAGGCUGGCCGCUUCCCUGGGGACCGCUGAGCGGCUGCCCUCCCACGCCGCCUUCUACCGCGACGUCUACUCUCAACUGCUGUCCGGGCUCCCGGCCCUUGCAGGAGACCCGCAGUCUUUCCAGGCAGCCUUGCGGUUCUUAACGCUGUUCCUCUUGGCCCCAGAACUCCACCCCGAGAAGGGUGCUGUGUUUAUCUCCAUGUUUCAUUCCGUGAGAAGAGUUCUGGCAGAUCCUGCAGUUUCGGGUCAGGUACUUCAGGACUUGGAGCCUCACUUGGGAGCCUUGUUCACCCAGAUGUUAGAAGUUGGGACAACAGAGGACUUCAGGACGGUGAUGCGGCAUAUUCUCCAAGGACUAGAUGUCAGUAAUGUGUGGAAGGCGGAUGUGCAGGCCACUCUGUCAGCCAUCACGUUGAUCAAGGUGCUCCUGAGCUGCCCACUCAGUGGAGAGAAGGCGGGUGUGUUCUGGCGUGCAAGCCCCCAGAUCAUCACGGCUCUGACUCUGCAAAACCGAGAGGCUUGUCAGGAGCAGCCUCUGCCCCUUGCCGUGGUGGGGCCCAUCUUGGACGUCCUGGCAGCCUUGCUGCGACAGGGGGAGGGGGCCAUCAGCAACCCGCAGCACGUCAGCCUGGCCUUCAGCAUCCUGCUCACCGUGCCCUUGGACCACCUGAAGCCCCCUGAGUACGGGAGCAUCUUCCUGCGGGUGCACAGCGUGCUCUUCUCCAUCCUGCAGUGUCACCCGAAGGUAAUGCUGAAAGCAAUCCCUUCUUUCUUGAACUGUUUUAAUAGAUUGGUGUUUUCUGUUAUGCACGAAGGGAGGCAAAAAGACAAAGGAAGCACAGGUGACCUGUCGGUGGUCCUCGAGUGUGCCCGCCUGGUGGAGCGGAUGUACAGCCACAUCGUGGCUCAGGCCGAGGAGUUCACAGUGUUCUCCCCCUUCAUGGUGGCCCAGUAUGUCGCGGAGGUGCAGAAGGUCACCUUGUAUCCAGCGGUGAAAGACCUCCUGCAGGAGGGCAUUUACCUCCUCCUGGACCUCUGCAUCGAGCCAGACAUCCAGUUCCUACGGGCGGCCCUGCAGCCGGGAGCCAGGGACGUCUUCAAGGAGCUGUACAACGACUACACCAAGUACCACAAGGCGAAGCAUGAAGGGGAGAGGAGAUACGCCGCCUGAGGCUGGGCUCCGGCGUGGUGGCGCUGGCCGUCCUCCUCCGAAACGUUGAGCGGGGGCUUAAGCAGUGUAGCCCUAAUUUACAGCAAGCCCCGUUUUCCAAGCUGAGUGUUGUUUAAACAUGUCUGUCUAUGCAGUAUGUAUCAUGAUACCAUCCUGAUAAUUGACCCUGGAAUGAGGUGAAUUUAAUAAAAAAUGGCCAUUGUGGAU